CGGAGCCCUGGAGACAAGGAUUCGGAGCCUGACAAACGCAGUACCAACCAUGCCGUUCCGAGGAUCCUCCCGGACUGGAAGCUUGCAGGAGGAGGAGUAGAAGGGCACGCUCAGUAGGCGGGACAAAGUGUUUUGUGAGUGUGUUUUUUCCUCUCUCUCUCUUUUUUAUUUUGGUCGCAAGUAGGAAGCUUUUUGCACUCCACCACCUCUGGCCGCUGGGAAGACGUCAUCGCUUCCGCCCUACUUCCUCCUCCUGUUGGCGGCGCUGAGAAUCCAAUAUGGAGUAAAUCGGUGGAGUGGCGAGAUGGGGCUCGGACGGGGCGCCCUGCACCGCCUCCCAGGCGCACCUCCCCCGGCUGCGGAGCUCUACCCGGAACCCUGAUUGGCCCGGCCCCCGGGGGCGACCCCGGCCCGGCCCCAGCGCAGCCGGCUGCCCGCCCGCCGCCCCGAGCGUGCUUGUUUUUCUGCCGCUCUCCCCUCCGGGUCCCCUUCCCAAAUCUCGCCCCUGCACCGGCUUGGAGCCCGGGGGCCGCGCCCGGCCGGCCCACGGCGUUCGCUGUCCGGUGCGCCCCUUCCCAGACCUCGCCCUGAUCUCGAGGCUCUGCAUUUCCCCGCCUGCCUCUGCGCCCCCUUCAUCUCUAGCUUCCCCCCCCUCCACCACCAAAUCAGGAGAUGUCGGAGAUGUGAAGAAGGGGGGCGAGCGCACAGGAAGAUGAAGGGAGCCAGGCUGCACGCCGCGGGACAGGCGUCUAGGUGAACAAGAAAAUGACCGAAGAAACACACCCGGACGAUGACAGCUAUAUUGUGCGUGUCAAGGCUGUGGUUAUGACCAGAGAUGACUCCAGCGGGGGAUGGUUCCCACAGGAAGGAGGCGGGAUCAGUCGCGUUGGGGUGUGUAAGGUCAUGCACCCUGAAGGCAACGGACGAAGCGGCUUUCUCAUCCAUGGCGAACGACAAAGAGACAAACUGGUGGUAUUGGAAUGCUAUGUCAGAAAGGACUUGGUCUACACCAAAGCCAAUCCGACGUUUCAUCAUUGGAAGGUUGAUAACAGGAAGUUUGGUCUUACUUUCCAAAGUCCUGCAGACGCACGAGCCUUUGACAGGGGCGUGAGAAAAGCCAUUGAAGACCUUAUCGAAGGUUCAACAACCUCCUCUUCCACUCUCCACAAUGAAGCUGAGCUUGGAGACGACGACGUUUUCACAACAGCUACAGACAGUUCUUCUAACUCCUCUCAGAAGAGGGAGCCGAAUACAAGGACAAUCUCCUCCCCCACAUCUUGUGAGCACCGGAGGAUUUAUACCCUUGACCCGUACCCCAUGGACCUUUACCACCCCGACCAGCGAUUGCCGCGGUCCUAUCCCCAGGUCACCUUCCCAGAAGAUGAUGAAGAAAUUGUACGCAUCAACCCCCGAGAAAAGAUCUGGAUGACCGGUUACGAAGAUUACCGGCACGCGCCGGUUCGCGGCAAAUACUUGGACACCACAGAAGACGCAGACUCCUACGUGCGCUUCGCCAAGGGCGAAGUCCCCAAACACGAAUAUACCUAUCCCUAUGUUGAUUCUUCGGACUUUGGCUUCGGCGAGGAUCCCAAAAGCGGUGUGAUCAAGACGCAGCCGCCCAGGGCCAAGUCCCGUCGGCGGAAGGAGAACGGCGAACGGUCGCGGUGUGUGUACUGCAGGGAUAUGUUUAAUCACGAAGAGAACCGAAGGGGCCACUGCCAAGACGCUCCCGACGCCGUGAGAACUUGUAUUCGCCGGGUGAGCUGUAUGUGGUGCGCGGACAGCAUGCUGUACCAUUGUAUGUCCGACCCCGAGGGAGACUACACUGACCCUUGUUCGUGUGAUACAAGCGACGAAAAGUUUUGCCUCCGGUGGAUGGCUCUAAUUGCCUUGUCCUUCUUGGCCCCUUGUAUGUGCUGUUACCUGCCCCUCCGGGCCUGCCACCACUGUGGAGUGAUGUGCAGGUGCUGUGGUGGGAAGCACAAAGCCGCAGCGUGACUCGGUUCCCGGACUUUCUGCUUCUCCAUCCACAGCCACAGGCUACUUGUCUUCUUGCGUACUCCCCCGUCUUCUCCCUGGUUCCCUUCCAACUCCAAAAGGCGAGGCCAAUAAGAGGCGACCAGGCUCCGCGGUCCCUUGGUGACAUCAUUCCAAACCUGGGGUAGCUGCCGCCCCCUGUGUCAGCCACAUACCCCCCUCUCGCAGUGUUCUGAGGAAAGGAGCCUUCGGCAUAAGACUCGUGUAUUUUAACCAGCCUAUAAUCGUGCUGUCUUUCAUGAGUGUUGAUUUCCUGCUCCUCCUUCCCACCUUUCUGGUUCUGCAGACCUGGAGAGGUUUAUUGAUUUCCUUUUUUCCCCUCUGAUCCGUGACUGUUUUUUUUUUUCUCCCCGUUGGGCUUGCCUGUCGCUAACUAGCAUAGGUCCCUCAGAGAUGUGACCGAAUGAUGAAACCGGCACCACAGCAUGUUGUUAUGCGAGGAGGUGAGCUGGAUAGCAUGUACCACAAAACAAUAGUACUUUAACUCCUAAAGCCAAAUCUCCUCCCGCAUCAGCUGCCAAGUUUUUGUCUUUGACCUGCCAUCAUCUUUUCCCCUGCCCCUCCCCCUCUAUAAAUUCAUUCACUGAUGCAAAACAAUCACCUUUUAAAUCACUUUUUGAGCCUUAAAUCCAUAUUAACUUGUGAGGAUCAAGAAAAAAUUCUUCAGAUUGCUUUGCAUUCUCUUGGAGCAGGGCUUGCAAGGGGAUUGGGUUUCUGUGAGCCUGCCCAGUUUACCCGUGAAAUAGGACUUUUUAGAAUUGUGUUGCCACUUCUAAAAUCCUAGCAAUACUUAGAAUUGUUACAUCAGUGAGAUAAAUUUUACUCAUUAUUUUACAAACCAAAUCGAGUUAUUCAAACACAAACCAGUGUUCUGUGAACAAGUUCCAGUUGAAAAACACUAAAAUUGUGAAUAAAGCUGUAGCCAUUCCCUGCCCCCUGCACUAUUUGAUAUUAUUCAGGGGGUGUUUUAAAUACCAUGGAGUGAUGGCUUGCAUUUUUUUAGGUAUAUGUUUUUGUUGGGGUUGUUUUGUUUCUUAAUUUGAGGCUCAAUUCUUCAUUUUUACUUGAAAAAAACAAGGCCAUAUGUAAAGAAAAAAAAAACCCUUUCAAUGCCUAAGUGUCUUUUCUUCUACCACUCUACACCCACAGUUGCCACUUGGGGUGCACAGAUAAGGGUAGGUCACCAACUGAUUUUGCCUGUCCCUGAGCCAUGCAAAAGGCUUCUAAUUCAUUGGAGGGGGGGAGAGAGCAUACAUAUACAUAUAUAUAUAUAUAUAUAUAUAUAUAUAUAUAUAUAUAUAUAUAUAUAUAUUAAAGAAUAGCCAAAUCUUACUGAAAAAAGACAAGCAAAAGUGGUUACCGAGACCUAGCAUAGUACAAUCAGAGCUCCAUGAGGACUGUAGGGGACAGGUUUGUUACCACUGGCUGUUCUUCCCAUAGUGAUUAACGCUGGAGGGCAGGCUCAGUCCCCUUUAAUCCCCUCCCCCCAUUAUUGCACACGGCCAUCAGUCUUUAAAGGAAAAGGCCUUUUUCCAGUCUGUCAAUCAUACUGGGAAAAUGCUAGCCAUGCAUACCUUCCUGGCAGUGCUUUCUGCUUGCCGGCAGCCUGUUGAGUUUCUUUAGACGGAUCAUCAGUGUAGAUAAUCAGCAUGCUUUUGCAUUAAUUGGGAGGUGUUUUCUUUGUUGGGAUGACUGGUUGGGCUAUCUCUUGUAGAAAAGAUUUGGAGAGCUGUAGUCUCCACCUCUGUGGGUGGAGGGAGUCUCCGUGCUAGGAGACUCUAGCCUGCCUCCAGCCUGCCUCCAGUGCUGUGGAGAGACUGUCCCCAGCCUGAGGGACUCUCCUCAGUCCCUCUUGCCUCUCUACCAAGCACAACACUAAUCUUUUUCCUUAGACCUCCAUUCAAGUGCCCCUAUUUAUUUCAGUGAGAAUGCGCAUCCUGGUUGCCUCUGUCCUUGUUGUGCCUCCUUACUCCCUGCUGGUUCCCACCCUCUUAAGAGUUAAGCUAGUGAAUCUUACUCCUUCGUGCAUCACCUUUUUUCUUUCUUUUUUUUUUUUUAGUUUGUGAAGGCAGCGGUUAAGGGCACAAAGACAGCCAUGGGGACAUUUAUGUAAAUAUGUUUAAUUGCCACACUGCAGCUGAACGGUGUGUAGUAUUUUCCCAGUCAGCUUUGCCAUACUGACGUCAAUCAUUUGAGAGAAAUUAUUCAGAUUUUAUUUUUAUAUCCGUGGUAACAAAACCUAACCAAAAGGUUUCCUGUUCAGAAGUUUCCCUAACUCUCAUCCCAAGCUAUUCGCUCACAUUAACAAAUUAAAGUGCCUGAAGCAUAAUUCAUUUACCUGUAUACUAAAACCCCUGUUGUAUUGAUUUUUUUUAUAAUAAGCCUUUUUACCUCUGUAAAAAUAUAUAUAUACAAGUGUAUGAUGUACAUUUUAGUUCUUAACUUUUUUUAUGGUUUCUAAUAUGUAUGACCAAUGUAGCCAUUGCUUUGAAAUGUACCAUGUAAAUAUAAACACAUCCUAUCAGA